AUAUUGCAAUUUGCAACACAAAUCAAAUCCCAAACAAUGGACGUGGCUUACACGUCCAUGACACCUGCGACUGAGACUCCAAGUCUCCAAUCAAGCAAGGUGCUCCUUUCAAACUCACUUUCUCUUCUCACCUAACCACCUUCCUCUCUCCUCAACAAAAACCCAACACACACACACACACACACACAGAAUCAUCAUCAUCAUCAGCAACAACAGAACCACAACCUUAAACAAAACAUGGACAACGUUCUCUGUGAUGAACUCUUACAAGAAAUUUUCCAAAAACUCCCUUCAUCAUCAUCAUCAUCCUCAUCCCUUGUUUCCAAGCGGUGGCUCCACCUCUUCCGUUCCUCCAGAACCACCCUCUCUCUCCGUAUCACCCCUCACCUCUCUCUCACUCUCAUCUCUUCCCUCACCUCUUUCCUCACCCACCACACUUCUCUCUCUUCCCUCUCUCUCACCCUCUCCCCUGACCCCACCACCACCACCACCUUCACCCUCUCACCUCUUCUCCUCUCCGCUGUUUCCUCUUGCUGUUCCCAGCUUCGUGCUCUCAGAUUCUUAACCGGCCCUGUUUCUCUUCGUUCCAUCAAUUCGCUUGCCAAUUCUUGUACCCAUUUGAGCUCUCUGUGUAUUAGUCUCUCCAGGCCAAUUUUUCUCAGGUGGGUGUUGGAAUUUCCCUGCUUGAAAGAUUUGUCAAUUGUUCUCUGCUCCGGUGAUGAAAAUGGAAGCUCCCAUGAAGAUGAGGUGAAUGGGCAAUUUGGGGUGUGGGAGAGUGAUGAUGUUGAUGCUGAAUUGGGGUUGGAGAGUCUCUGCUUUGUGGGUAUCCGUGGUGAUGAUUGGGGUUUGGGUUGGUUGUGGAAAAGUUGCAGGAAGCUGAAGAAAUUGAGGCUUCAAAGUUGUCAAGGGAUUGGUGGGUCUUACUCUUGUUUUGUUCAGUGCCUGCAAGGUGUUCGAGAAAUUGAGCUCAGAACUUGCAGGAGUGUGGUUGAUGGGGUUCUGUUGAAACUUGCAGAAAACUCUCACUCUUUGAAUUCUCUGUUGGUUCAUGAUGGAGGUAGCAGGGAGGGUUUGCUUCACUUUUUUUCUCAGUGCAGGUCUAAUCUGCAGAGGCUUGAUCUUCGUUUACCUUUGGACCUUGAUAACAAUCAUCUUUCGGCUGUGGCGGUUAAUUUUAGAAACCUCUCGAGUCUCAGGCUUCAGAGUUGUUGUCUUGUCACUGGGGAAGGCUUGAAGGCGAUAGCGAUAGCGACGAGUAACGGGCUUGAAGAAUUGGCGCUGAUAAACUGCGAUGUGGUUGAAAGAGAACCUGGAUUGCUUGCCACUUUGGGGCAGCAUUUGAGGCAAUUGAGGAAACUAGACUUGUCACACAAUGAAAUGUUGCUUGAUAAAGAGCUCAUUUCGAUGUUGGUUUCUUGCGUGAAUUUGAUUGAUUUGAGGCUAAGAGGGUGUAAAGGAAUCACUAGUGCUGCCAUGGUUUCUAUGCUCAGGAGCUGCAAACGCUUGGAAAAUGUAGAUAUGAUGCAGUGUUUGGGCAUAGAAUCUGAGGCUAUUGAACUGUUUGUUAAGAACUCUUCUCGUUUGAGAAGGAUGGAGGUUGAGGAAAGCAAGCUUUCUGAUGCUGCAAAAAUGUGGGCAUCAAAUAAAUUCAUUGAAGUUGUUGUUUAAUUGGCUUGAUGGCUGUUGAAAUAAGCAAGUGUACAUUUUUAAAGUGACAAAUAAACAGGUAUACAUACAUCACACUCCUGAAUCGGUGAAUUCUGAUCACCGUAUUUAUUGUAUUCAUGUUUCUGUAAUUUAUGUUGGGGAUAUGAAUUUCUUCACUUCUCAGUGCAUGUUCAUAUCAAUUGUGUAACUUUUAAUCCCAUUUUCUGGUUUCAAAUAAA